UCUUCCUUCCUACCUUCGUCGGCCGACUUGUCGGUAGACGCGUGGCGGCCGUAUUAGGCUUGUCGACGCGGCAGACUCGUCGGUUUGCCAUAUCUUUCUUGAGCACUGGGCCUUUCGAGGGCCCGCAAUCCACCCAAACUUGUUUGACGAAACAUAAACUUGUUCGACUUGUAACUGGCUAGAAUUAAUCGACUUGACAGAGCAAUCUCAUUCCGCAUAGACACGAAGCGCACCGUCUAGACCUUCACCCCGCGGAUCUCUAAGGCACUGUCGCAUCCUCAGCUCGCGUAGUGCAAGCCAAUGGCGCAUAUAACGGCGUUAGCGGUGCUACUGUCAACCUUGCUCGUACUAGCAUCGUCGUUAACGGCAACAGCUCAAGUCCCCUUCCCUGGGGUCCCUCGAUGCACGCUGAUCGCUAACUUAAAGCCCAACAAAGUCCUCAGCUCCAAUCUCGGGGGUGAUUCCGGCGCGGUUGGCUACUUCCGCAUCCUCGUCUUCCAGCAAGGCAGCAAGAUCAACAUAAAGCUCCAUUUCGACAUCGAGUCGCUCACCGCGCCGCUGCCGCCAACCGGCCAGACGCUCUACGACGGCCGCCGCGGCAGCAACGGCGAGCUUGUCUGGCGCCUCCCCAACCCCUGGACCAUCGACGACCCCAACGAAUUGAAGGUCGACACGUGGAUCACCGACGCCGACAACAAGUACAUCAGCCUCGGAUAGUUGACAAUAACGGGGGCGGCGGCGGCGGCGGCGGCGGCGGCGGGCGGCUCCACUGCGAGCAAUAGCGGGGUCACGCCGCCGGAUUCGGCGUUCACUCGCGCCCCGUCCAACGGGAUUAAAGCGGCGAACGCGUCAAGCGUGACCGCCGGCGGCGGCGGCGGCGGCGGCGGCGUUAGCACAGUGAAGAGCGUGGGGACGAUGCAAACGGGGUCGUCGAUCUACGACCUGGUGCAGAGGAUCGACCAGAACCCCGGGCGCUUCUACGUGCAGAUCAACACGCAGGCGUUCCCCCAGGGCGCCCUCCGCGGGCAGAUCUACCGCCGCUGGAUCCCGCAGGCCAUAUGCUGACCUGCCCAACCUACACGGACAAUUACACUACAUCAGGAAGGAGGGGGCUUCGAUAAGCAGUUAACAAAAUAAAUGUGGAAGGGGUUGUAGAUUGCAGGGAUAGGUGAGUCUCCUCCUGCUUCUACAGCCCUUGUCACUCAACUUAUGUGUGCCACUCAUGGGGAUCAGGGGGCACGUGCCUUGAUAAGGAGCGACAGGUCCCUUGAGGCGGUCCUGGGGAACUAUUUUCAGGUCUCUUUUGAGCUGAGAACGUGUGCUCUAGAUGGUGUGCCAUGGUGUGACUGUAGCAUGCAUAGGAGCAGCAUUGUAGAUGCACAUGCACUAGCUGUCAGAUACACGAAUGGCAGCAAUGUUGCUCAUGUACAUUCAUUCUUUGCUCAUGGCAACCAUAUAUACUCCA